GAAGCAGAGGCGGGGUCAGCGCGGAGCAGAGGCGGGGCGCACGGACCAGAGGCUGGGUGGAAAGAAAGUGGAAAGUGAGAGAAAUACCUCAAUGGACCUUCAGAACUAAAUCCUGGCGUCCUGGUCACUCUCCUGUCUCCCUCUCCUCUUCCUGCUCCUCUCUUCGGCCUCCCCCGCUCUCCCCCUUCUCUCCCUCCCCCUCCGCGUCGGCCUCCAAGAUAGAUUCCCUCAGGAGCAAAGUUGACCUGCUCAAGCUGCCGCUGCCGCUCUCGGGGAAGUCCAUCUCCGAGCGCAAGAGUCAGCUGGGAGGCGUCGGGCGGCAGUGCGGCCCGGGCGGAGGAGGCGGAGGCGGGGCUCGUAAAGCCCGCUCACCCCCGACCCGAGACAUGGACAACGAGUCGCAGUACUCGGGCUACUCCUACAAGUCGUCCCACUCCAGGAGUUCGCGCAAACACAGGGAGCGGCGGGAUCGGCAUCGCUCGAAAAGCCGAGAUGGAAGCAGCCGCGGAGACAAGUCGGUGACCAUCCAGACCCCAGGAGAGCCGCUGCUGGACGCCGAGUCCACCCGAGGAGAGGAACGGGAUGACAACUGGGGCGAGACCACCACCGUGGUCACGGGCACCUCGGAACACAGCAUCUCCAACGAAGACCUGACCCGCCUCACCAAAGACCUGGAGGAGUCCACGCCGCUGGAGUGCAAGCGCUUCAUCGGGCCGGCGUUGGGAGGCAUCCUGAGCUUCUUUGCUCUGGUGACGCCGCUGGCCUUCCUCAUCCUGCCGCAGGUCCUGUGGCGAGACUCCCUGGAGGCCUGUGGGACCCCCUGCGAGGGUCUGUACGUCUCUCUGGCCUUCAAGCUGCUGGUACUGCUCAUCUCCUCUUGGGCUCUGUUCCUGCGGCCACCACGGGCCACCCUGCCCCGCUUCUUCGUCUUCCGCUGCCUGCUGAUGGUUCUGGUCUUCCUCUUCGUGGCCUCGUACUGGCUCUUCUACGGGGUCCGGGUGCUAGAGCCCCGCGAGCGAGACUACAGGGGCAUCGUAGAGUAUGCUGCGUCGCUGGUGGACGCACUGCUGUUCAUCCAGUACCUGGCCCUGGUGCUGCUGGAGGUCCGACACCUGCAGCCCGCCUUCUGCCUCAAAGUGGUCCGGAGUACAGACGGAGCCAGCCGGUUCUACAACGUGGGUCAUCUCAGUGUCCAGCGAGCUGCCGUCUGGGUUUUGGACCGAUACUAUAAUGACUUUCCUGUGUACAACCCAGCGCUGGUCAACCUGCCCAAGUCCAUCCUGUCCAAGAAGAUGACGGGGUUCAAAGUUUACUCUCUGGAUGAAAACACCACCAACAACUCCACGGGUCAGUCUCGGGCCAUGAUCGCCGCUGCUGCUCGCCGGAGAGACAACUCCCACAACGAGUUCUACUACGAGGAGGCUGAGAUGGACCGCAGAGUCCGCAAGCGCAAGGCUAGGCUGGUGGUGGCGGUGGAAGAAGCCUUCACGCACAUCAAGCGUCUGCAGGAAGAAGAGAUGACGUCGUCCCCCAAACACCCCAGAGAGGUGAUGGAUCCCCGAGAGGCAGCUCAGGCCAUCUUCGCCCCGAUGGCACGGGCCAUGCAGAAGUACCUGAGGACCACCCGGCAGCAGGCCUUCCACAGCAUGGAGAGCAUCCUGACGCACCUCCAGUUCUGCAUCACCCACAACAUGACGCCCAAGGCCUUCCUGGAGCGCUACCUCACGCCGGGUCCUACCAUGCAGUACCAGCAGCAGAACGGCAGGGGGCGCCAGUGGACGCUGGUGAGCGAGGAGCCGGUGACGUCAGCGCUGCGCCAGGGCCUUGUCUUCUCUAUGCGGCGCCUGGACUUCUCCCUGGUCGUCACGGUGACGCCGCUGCCCUUCCUGCGUCUGAGCGAGGAGUUCGUGGACCCCAAGAGCCACAAGUUCGUGAUGCGGCUUCAGUCCGAGACGUCAGUCUGAUGCGCCGGGAGCCCACCCGCCACGAGGCUUCCUCAAACGUCUCAAGACUUUUUUUUCAGCCAUGUGACCACUGGACUAUUUUAAAGCGCUGACUCAACAUCAGCGCGACGUCAUCACUUCCUGUGAAGCAGAACGCAGACUUCCUGUUUAUAAACUCGUCUUCUAACUGAGAAUGUAGCGCUGGAUUGACACCUUCUUCUUUGAAUCUCUUUUGGAGGGACAUUCCGGAGUGGGCGUGGCCGAUGCUCCACUGACUCUUGUGUCCAAAUAUGCAGCUUUUGUUAAUCCACCAGUCGUGUGUUGACAUUUUAUAACUCAAGUAACCGACUAAAACUUUCACCAGACUCACGCACCGCUCAUCCAUCAACCCUUGUUCUGCUGCCUUAAAGUCAUUUUCCCAUUUCAGUUCACGCCUCUGCCUUCAGGGAAAAGCAAGAUUUAUUAGGAAACGGUUCCACUUUUAACGGUUGUUCACACCGGUCGGCCUUAAAACGCUGUGGAACGCUCAACAGAAAAGAAGAAGAAAUGUUGCUUUUUUACUAUUUUUUUACAUCAUUGUCGCCAUUCUUUGCUCACCCAACCUGGGCCGCGUCCACACGACUACAUUUUAAAGACACUUGAACACUAAACGCUCAUCAUCUGCCUUAAAACAUAAAAACGGCCAUCAUUUUUUUUUAAUUUCUUAAUAUCACCAGUCAUCACCCAAAAAUAUAUGGAAGAAUAAUCCAUUGAUUUACUGACUGCUGCUAAACAUGGACGCGUCCACACCAUUGCAUUUUUCACUUUUGUACUAAACAUUUUUGACGCCUUACUUUGACACAAACGUGAAUGGAAUGUAAAGUGGUCAAUGAUCAA